AUGUCCAUGAUCUGGGAACCGGAAGGCCGCCAACGGCCUACGAUAGAAUCGGGCGUCCGUCUUACCGGGACAUCCUGUGCCACCGCGGAGAAACCACAUCAGGACAGUCCAAACCCAAGGCAGUUGAUUGACGCGGUGGACGCCUUGUUUGUGGAUGCCCAGAUCCCGCCUUUCUCUGCGGCUUCAAUGUUGCAAAACGUGCACAUCUGGAUCAAAGGGCGAGGCAUGGGGAGUCAUAUGCCACGAUGCGGUGCAUUAUCGAACGGCAGGCAGAUGGUGCAGCUACGGAACUCAAGCCGUAAUCCAGUAGCAAGCCCGGCCGAGCAGAUCCGCCGACAAUUCCAAACGUACAUCAGUGUAUUUCUGACCAAUACACGCACACAGCUGUCGAGUGCAGAUGGUACUGCGACUGCCAUUGGUGACGAAAUACUAUGGGACCGCCACAAUACGCCUAAUUUUAUGCGAUCGGCGUUCUGGCACUAUUGGCGGAUGUGCAAGGUAACCCAACCGCCGAUGGGUUCUGACAAGUUUAUGCCGCGGGUUCCCGCUGUCCAAAGCGUGCGGAAGCUGCCGUCUUGGCCGGGCGCCGUCGGUGUCAGAUGUGAACAAUACCACGGGAUCACCAGGGUAGCUCACGGCUGCGGCACGACAAAACGCGAUAUGGUACCCUGUAGCUAA